UGUGCGUGUAUUUUUAUUUAGUGUACUCCUGAUUGCCGUUACCACCAUCUCUCAUCAUAUACAAAAAUGAAUCCUGAAUACGACUUCUUGUUCAAGCUUUUGCUCAUCGGUGAUUCCGGUGUUGGAAAAUCUUGUCUCUUGCUUCGUUUUGCUGAUGAUUCUUACAGCGAAAGUUACAUCUCAACAAUUGGUGUUGAUUUCAAGAUUAGAACGGUCGAGCUGGAAGGAAAGACAGUAAAGCUUCAAAUCUGGGACACUGCUGGACAAGAACGCUUCCGUACCAUCACAUCCUCUUACUACCGUGGAGCACACGGUAUCAUAGUCGUGUAUGAUACCACCGACCAAGACACAUUCGCAAACGUCAAACAAUGGUUGCAGGAAAUUGACCGAUACGCAACAGAAGGUGUUAACAAAUUGUUGGUAGGAAACAAGAGUGAUUUGACAAACAAGAAAGUGGUAGAAUACAAUGUCGCAAAAGAAUUUGCAGAUCAACUCGGCUUGCCUAUCCUUGAAACAAGUGCAAAAUCAGCCACAAACGUAGAACAAGCAUUCUUGACUAUGGCCAAACAUAUUAAGGACCGCAUGGGAUCUUCAACAGUUGGAAACGCUGCCGGUGGUAAAUCUAACGUCAAGCUCGGUCAAGGACAAUCUGUCGCCGAUCAAAGUUCAGGUGGAUGCUGUUGAUCAGCUCAUCCCCAAACAAAGAAGAUUUGCGCAGGUUCUCGUUUGCUCCUUUGGUUCAAGUUGCGGUACUUAUGAACAAAUUAAUUGACCCACAACCGAAGAACAAACGUUAUCUCACGUAUUCGCCUUGUCUUUCGUGCAAUCGUUCAU